AGCAUUCAUCCCGGGGAGGGGGGGACUCAGCACCCGUUCCCGAGCGGGGCUGCCUGGCGCCCGAGCCUGCUGCACCCAUCCUGGGGAGCUGCCUGGCACCGGGUGGGCGGCCAGCACCCAUCCCCGGGGGAGUGGGCUAGCCCUGCGGCCAUCCCCGGGGGGCUGCACCGCCCCGGGGGCGGCCCAGCACACACCCCGGGGGGCGCGGGGGCUGCACCGCAGCCAGCCCCGCUAUCCCCGCUGUGGGGCGGCCCGGGGCUGCCAGCCUUCUCCCAUCGCCGGUGACCGGCUCCUGGCUCCCGCCUCGUUUUAUGGUCGUGGAGAGGGAGGAAAAAUCCCAAACCAGAUGGGUUUCCGACACCAAAAAUAUCAACCCUUAGGGCAGAGAUGCUCAGCAACAGCCCUGCUUUGGCUGGAGGACAGAUGAGAUGACCUAAGCUGCGUAAAUGAGUAUGGAAGAUUAUGAUUUUCUAUUCAAGAUUGUUUUAAUUGGCAACGCCGGUGUGGGGAAGACCUGCUUAGUCCGUCGCUUUACUCAGGGGCUUUUCCCACCGGGUCAAGGAGCCACGAUUGGAGUUGACUUUAUGAUUAAAACUGUGGAGAUAAAUGGUGAAAAAGUAAAGCUGCAGAUCUGGGACACAGCAGGACAGGAGCGAUUCCGGUCCAUCACGCAGAGUUACUAUCGCAGUGCUAACGCAUUAAUCUUGACCUACGAUAUCACCUGUGAAGAAUCCUUCCGGUGUCUCCCUGAGUGGCUGCGAGAAAUCGAGCAGUAUGCCAGCAAUAAAGUCAUAACCGUGCUAGUGGGUAAUAAGAUUGAUUUAGCUGAUAAGAGGGAAGUCUCCCAGCAAAGAGCUGCAGAGUUUUCUGAAGCGCAGGACAUGUACUAUCUGGAAACCUCAGCAAAAGAAUCGGAUAAUGUGGAAAAACUCUUCCUGGACUUGGCCUGCCGGUUGAUCAGCGAGGCACGACAGAACACCCUUGUGAACAAUGUCUCAUCCCCCUUACCAGGAGAGGGGAAAAGUAUCAGCUACUUGACUUGCUGUAAUUUUAAUUAAAGAGCUGGCAUAUGAUUUCCCUUUCUGCCAUGGGCCAAGAGGAUUUUUUUUUUUUGCUGGGAUUUAUCUCCUUGAAGGGAAUUCCUGCUGCUUUGACCCAUCUGACUUACCCUGAGUCAGGUUGCAGACCUGGAAGCAUGGCAGGCUGAAGGCUCCAGCUGCAUGGCAACGUAGCAGAAUAUAACAUGGUUUAAACUUCAUUUUUCUUGCAGUCUCUGGAGCGGGUUAGGAAAAGGAGAGUUGCACAAACACUUCAUGUAAUGCAGAACGUGAGCUAUUGCAUUUCCUUCUGUGGGAGACUAGAGCAGCCUCUUGAAGACAUUGAAGAGAUCAAAAUCUUUCUUACAGAACAAGAUGUUUUGUCCUUUUUAAAAUUAAAAAAAUAAAGAAAAACCCAACAAUGAACACUGACCCUGGACUACGCUGGCAAUCUUCUGGGCUGCCAGCGGGUGAGCUCUUAAGACAUGUAUAUAGCGUGUGCCAGCACAUCUUCAUGGAGGACUCUGGUGUUUGAAACAGUGUUAUGUCUCUCAUCUACAGGCACUUUCAUGAACAUGGAAUUAAAAAAAAAAAGUUACCUAUAUCAACAUUUUCAAGAUUUAAGAAGACAUGGAUACAGCUCAGUUGCUCCCUUUGGUGCUAGCAGUUCAGCAAAUAUUCUGUAGACCAAAUGUAGUCUUACUACAUUACUGUCCUCUGAAUGUGUAACCUAGGCUGGUUAGGAAAAAACACUAAUUAGCGCUGUUCAUUAAAAAAAAAAUAUCUUGUUACCUCUUUUUCCAGGCCUGAACAUAGUCGGAAAGGACUGUGCUGCUUUGAUAUCCAACAUAGGAUGAAAGGAUGUUCCAGAAAUAAAAAAAAAGAAAAUUAACCGUCCCUCCUGUAAUUAGUAAUGUCCUAAUGUGAAAAAUCAGCCUUGGGAAACAUUAUUGGUGGAGUUGGAAAAAGCACACCAGACACGGCUGAAAUCUCAUGUGUGCAUGGAUUGAGUAUAAGGGUUCAAAGAGAGCACAGUUUGAAGUGGCAGGCUGCAAUAUGUCUGGCUUAAAAAUAAAGCUUGUAGAUACAUUCUUGUUGAAAGGCAGGCGUACAAUUUUGUAGAGCUUUUUUUUUUAAUGCUAAGUGGAAGUAGCAAUGGGCUGCAAGUGGUAUCAUUCUGUCUGACCCAUCCAGCACUCACCUUGUGGAACUGCUCUCCACGAUGCUCCCGAAGGUAUCUUCUUGUCAUCUAGUCUCUGCUAGAGUCGCUUUCAGGUUUGGGGCUGUAGAGUCAUUUAAUUUACUUGCUUUGUACUCUUAAUCUCAGACUCCCGUGUACAUGUAACUGUUUAGGCAGCUUCUACAAACGCCCUGAAGCGGAAGCACUAUGGACUUUGCGAUGUUAUUACACCUCUAGUGCCAUAUGCAAAUAAUGCAUUGCAAAUUUACAUGUUAAAGCGAAAUUGGAAGAUAGUGAAUGCGCACAUGAAAAAUGAUUUUCAGAUGUUUGAAUUCAGUUUAGCUAAUCUGGAAAAUAUCUUCUGGUGAUUACAUGGCUGUGAUAUGCUGUAAUUUAGAGUUAAUCAAUUUAAUAUUAUUUGGCAUUUAUUGAAGAUUAUAACAGAGCUUUUGUAUUGUCAUAAAAGGCUGCCAGUAAGUACUUCUUGAAAUGAGUAACAAUAAUAAAAAAAAAAGGCAUUUUAAAAUGCUUUUUCACAUUUUCCUGGAAAGACUUCUUUGGGCUGUGUCAUGUUGUGCCUUUGAUCUGUAAUGGAGAGCUGACUCUGUGUCAGAGAGAGGGGGGAUCAGUGUGUCACAUCACCGUUUUUAGUAUUUUCUUGCUAUAUUUUAGGUCACUUUCUUCUUUUAUGACGAGCAGUAAAAAGGAAGAUGUAGAAGUUGUGGUACAAGGCUUGUUUGUCAUUUAGGUAACACUUAGCAAAGUGCUGCUGUAAGUGUGAGAUGUUGGGGGACAUGUCAUCUGCUGUGCUGGCCUGUACUGGUCCUUUUCAGUCUCUGCUCGUGGUGUAACCCAGAGGAUUUAGUAACAUGUGGGACUUGGUGGCUUCUGCUGUGCUGGGCUGUGUGGUAGAGACUGCCAAAGAGCAAUGUCGGUCUUGAGCAUUCCCCAAAUAAGCUUGUGAAGACCACCCAAUUCUGAGACAGCUGACUCUGCACAGCUCUUGGGCAGCUGUUUAGAGCAAGGCUUAGGGUGUUACAGCAUGUAAUUGAUAACAAAUAGGGCAGGGCUGUUUGAGUUAAUCAAGGAGGAAGGAGACUGCACACUAAAGCUGCUGUGGGUUCCUCAGCCUGUUUUCCAGAAGGAUCAAAGCUGGGCUGGUAUUUUUCAUUCCUUCUGAGUACUGCUAUAAAUGCAUUUUAAAAUGCUCCUCGUGUGACUUCUGGAGUUUGAACUCUAAUGCAUCAUCACGACCAAACAAGCUGAACUGGUCAAAUAGCAGAAACUAACUUUAUUUUCAUGGGUAUUCACUUAGAGUUUCUAGAAGGCUAAGUCUCUUUUUCUCCAGUGCUUUCCUAACCUGCGGGUGACUAUAUUGGCGACUAGCUGCCUACCAGCUUCCAAGCAUUGGGUCUUUUUAUUGCCAGCAAACCUUCCCCUUGCAAGGACUCCAUCCCGAGACAAUGACGUGCUUUUGCAAUGGGGUUGGAUGCUGCAGUUGGGCUGAUGCUACAGUGAAGUAUCUGACUCCUCCAGGGACAAAUGUGAAAGGAUUCCUUUCAAAAUAUAUUCCGUGUACAUUUAAGAAGUUGAAAGGAAGCAAUGGUGGUAUGUGCAGCAUUUUAUAUAGUCAUAAGCCAAAGCUGUAGUCUGAAACUUGCUCCUUUUUCUGCAGUUAACAAACACACUGCCUGUUGAAGAAGUGAUAUUUUAUUGUAGUAAUUCCUUUUACAGGAGUUAUUUUUGUACACCUCUGAAUAUCUCUCUAGUGCGUACAACCCAUCUCCCCUCGUAGCACUGGGGGCUUAUCUUCUCCUCUGCAGUCUGGUCCACUGCUGAAGGCUUCCCAACUAGAAGAGAAGCUUUAUCAACUGCUAAUGACAGCUUAGUUCCCUGGCCUAGUGAUCAAAGUCUUGAAAAAUAAAAGUAGAUAAACCCACAAAACCCCAUUAUGACAAUCAUCUCUCCAACUAUGGCCAACACCUUGCUAGAUGAGUGGAUUUUUGAGAGAACAGUAAAAGCUUUGUGAUGCUUGCUGGGUCGAGCAUCCAAAAAUCCAUGCAGAAUUGAUAUAAUUGGACCAAAAUUGUCUAGAAAUGUUCUCUACUGUCAAGAGAGUAAGGCACUGAUUUUAGUGUGGCUACUAGAUUUUGAUGUAUUUUCGGGGUGAUACAUUCACAGCCGUGAAGGAAUCUUCUUACUCCGGGGUUUUUCAUAGUUGUCCCAUAUAAGAUUUUUUUCUUGAAAAUUUUUAGCACAUGAUUAGUUCCAAGCAGAAACCAGUGUUGGACGGUCAACAAAUGUUUGUUUAAUCUAGGAGUCCUGUUUGGAGAGAUUAGUAAAAGCAUCUCCUGGAAACUGGAUGUUCUAAACUCUUUUCCAGUUUAGCCACUGAUUCAGUCAGGCUGAUCUUGGGUAAACCACCAAAUGUUCUGUGCUUUGGAUCACCGUGGGUGAAGUACUCGCUAGUAUUUUGCAUUGGGUAUUUACACUGCAUGUUUGCUGGGACAAGCCAUGACUCCCUUCUGUUCCUAUCUGUGUUCCCCAUGCGAGAGCAAGCAUAAGGGAAAAAAAUGCCCUCCAGGACAAAAACCUAUGAUGGAAAAUGUGAAAUUAUGAACUCUAUAGAGAAGGGGACACUGGGUGCCUCUUCCUACCUCUAACACCGAAGUCCUGAUUUAACCUACAGGUAAGUUGUUUGAGCAUGCAGUCAAACGUGUUUGUGCUGAAUGCUAAAUGGUUUUGUGAUCAUUAUUUAACGAAAACCACAGAUAAUAAAUUGUCAGACAAGAUACUUUGUUUGCUGUAGAAUGCAUGAAACAGCCCUUAAAACCUGUCAGCCUGCUGGUGCUGUUUGUCUUUUUGGAAAUAGCUAUAUUGGUAACAGUUGGCUCCUGCUGGUCUAGGCUUAGUGGUUAAUGGCUAUUGAAUUCCUUCAGCAUCAGUAAUAACAGCAGCAGACUGAGGUUGACACAGGAGACAGUGAUUUUAAAAGAGGGAAAGUCGAACUUAGCGAUGCAGAAGCGUGGUGGGUGCGCCUAUGUGGGACAACAGGCUUUCCUGAGCUUUUGCUGACAAGGGAUGCAAUUAGUUCUAGUCAAACCCACUGGGUUUUGCCAUGUUCGUUGUCCCUAAGGACUGCUGUUUGUUCAGCAGCUUUUCCACUUGUCUUCUCUUUUCAGUAUGAAGAACUGUCUAUAAAUCAGGCUGAGGUGUUUUGCUGGUAUGAUUUCUGUAGUCAGGCUGGAUUCAGUUGGAAGACAGGUGAAAUUCUCCAGCUAUUAAAACAGGCUGAGCAAACAUGCAGGAUACACUGCCCUUCGGGGACGUGUGGUGUCAUCAUGGCCUGAUAUGGCUGGAGAAGCUAUCACAGAAACUCUUUCCUGGCUGUGGGGCAGAGUGAGUGCUGUAGCCCUUUGUGCAAGGGGAGGGAUGACUGUGUGAAGCAGAAAAUGCAAGGUAAAGGGAUGGUUCUACUCAAGAUUUCCUCAAUCCCAUCGUCUUUUUUAAAAAAAGGCAUUUAUGGUCUAAAGUUGGAUUGUUCUGGAUUUUAAUAAAGAAUGCUUUGAAUUUGAGUCUCACCUGAGAUUCUUCUGCAUUCUGUUGCUUUCAAUAUCAAAGUACCCAAUAUCCUCACAGGUGUUGCUCCUACCAACAACGAUCUUUCUGAGCUUACUCAGUUAGAAAAGGUGUUUCUAGAAGACACUUUGAAUUCCUAGUGAGCAAGUAUGGAAACUCUCUGAAAUAUUGAUGUACAUAAGGGUUCAUCAGAAAACCCACUGGAGCUGAAAGAAACUCUGAUCAAUUCUAGUAUCGAAAGCCCAGUGAAAGAUGUUACAUAAAAAUGUUUUGGUGGUUUUUCCUUAGUUUUUAUAAACUUUGCUUAUCUGAACAAAUUUGGCUUUUGAAGCCAACCUUUCUUUCCUUGUGUUAAGGCUAUCCUCUGGUUGCUGUGGGUAGUAAUUGCUCUAGUUACUGUUCACAGGCAGCAAAGGAUCAUCAUUCUGAAGGACAGUCUUGUUUUCUCAUGAUGAUGAGUGGAGGGGAGACACUUGAUUUCCAACAAGUGACUAGUACACCCUAAGGAAAGCAGCCUCGAUGGGAACUGGUCAUUUCCUUGAAAUGUGAUCAUCCACUUGCGCUGUAGUUAAAUGUACCGUAAAGGUUACAGAUCUCACAUCUGCCUCAGUUCAGGAUUUAUUUUGGCUGGGAAAAUAGACAACAGGGUAAUGAUGCUGACCAUGAUGCAAGGUGCUCAAAGUAGCCUGCUGUGUUGCUCUGACUUACCUCACUAAUCACCACCUCGCUAAACUGGCCCAAAGCCUCCUUUUACCGCACUGUAGUAUAUCCAGCCGAGAUAGAUAGUUGGCUGUCAUCACCCAUGGAUGCCGUCACACCCUUUCCCUUCAUGUGAAUGAGCUGUAAUUUAAACCAGAAGUAAAAACUAUGCCAUAUGAGUUGAGAGUGGUGUGUCUUACCCUGCCCCGGAGCCCCACAGAUCCAGGAAGAAAAAGCUCAUCUCUGAUGUUUGCCCCUCCAAAUGUAGUCAACUAGAUAACCAGGGAAAGAUAACCCAGAUGUAGCAGAAACUGAGAUGGCAAUGAGUAUAAUUUAGGUUGUAAAUGUUAUCAGUGAAAAAUUAGUCUGGUUUUAAGAGAAUAGCUGGGGUUAACAGUUCAGCUCAUCUGUCUGGAUAAUCAGGAGCUGGCUGUACUGUACUCAGAUAUUGUCUUUGUUUUUACAUUAAUAACUAGCUAUUAGCAGUUCCUGGAUGUGCUCACAUUUGUUGAACCAGUUAUCCUUUUCCAGCAAGCUCAGAAGAUAAUUUGAGCUCUGGUUAGUGCUACAAUUAAACUCAAGAAGCAGGUGCCACCUAUGCAUUUGCACCUUAGCAUUUUCUGCUACUGCUUGUCCUGGGGCAAUGUUCCCAAGCAUAUGCACACUUGCGAUUCCGCUGCAGCGGUGUCCCUGCCGAGCAUCCUCUGGAGUCCAGCCCUGGUCUACAGGCACCUGACAUGGCCAAAACCUGUGUCAGUCACGUUUUUAGCUGCACACGGGUCCCUGGGGCGAGAGGAUGUUAAAAGUACUGUUCUUCUUUCAUGGGCAGUGAUCAAGGGGUCUGGUGUGUCUCCUGUCACAAGAAUGGAAACCUCAGAGCUUUUCAAAGCCUGAUUCCUCCAGUACCUUUACCUUUCAUCCAUGAGUCUGCAUGUUCCCAGUACUGCUCGUGCCCUGCAUGGUGUGCUGCUGGUGUUAUGGGAGCACUGUGAGAAGGGGAAACCAAAGUGCUGUGGAGAUCUCAGGCUGGAAAUGGGCCUGGUUGCAUGAACCACUGGAUCAGAGUCCUGCUUUAGGUAGAAGGAAGAGCAUCCGUGGCUUGUCUUCUGUGCCUCCACUUUGUCCUCUGUUCUCAGCCAGGGCAUCCUGUAAGGAAUGUUUCCUUUCUUAUGGGACUAAUAUGAGAGAUUCAGAUGUUGAGAAUCAGUGGGGGUUCGGUGCAAGUGAGUAAAUCCCCAGUGAGGAGGAGGAUGCUCUCUGUCCAGGGAGACUUACGGCUGUGUGGAGGAGGAGUCAUUCUGUGCUGUCACUUGGGUGGUGGUGUGAAUAUCUCCCAGGGUCUGGGUUGCAUCAUUGGCAUGAGCUUUAGUAAAUGUAACGGUCUCGGUGUCCCCAGCCUUUAUGGAGGGGAAAGCGGAGGAGAGGGGAAUGCCGUUUUGACAUUUUAAUGGAGCGAGAAUAAAAUGUUUGGUUUACGGCAGGGAGGACUGCUGUGAUUUCAGGCACUGCUAUUUCCUCAGCUCUUGCAGACUGUUUGGAAGAAGCCUUACCGCUGGCCUCCACAUACAGUCAGCACUGGAAGAGGAAAAACCAACUUCUUAAGCCAAUGUUUUGGGGGGGAAAAGGCCAUCAAUGAGAUAUGGAGGAAGCCCAGUGCUUGUUGCUACGCUGGUUUAGAGUGACAAGUCUAUCUCUGGAAAUUAGACAAGUAGUUUAAAAUGUGCCAUGGUUUUUAGCAUAAUAAGAUGCACUGCAGAUAUGUUACAUCCAUUUCAUUCCCCACAGCUGUUUACAAAAGGAAAAAAAAUAAAAAACCCCUGAGAUUGGAGCAGCUGCAGUCACUCAGUUGUCAAUAUGGGACAAGGCUCUUCCUGCUCCUCUUUUAUUUCCACUUCACUCUGUUCUGCUGCACAUAUUUGGCUGUUCUGUGAAUUUGCAGAUCAUGAGGUUUUUUUCUAACUGCCUUUGAUCUAUACAGAAAGACUCACCCAGCUCAUCUGAAUUCAUUAAUACGUUGAGUAGGCAUUUUAAUUUCAUGUGUACUGGAUUGUUUCCCUUUGUAAUGUUAUCUGACAAGUUUGUCGUGCUCUGCAUUACCUUUAGGUUUUUGAGUCUGAAAUGUUUCCUCUUUCCUGAAAGCUAUGAUCACUUCUGGAGAUGCUAUAAAGGUGUCUUCAUUUCCUCAGAAGAAAACCUGAAUUACUCUCAGCUUUGAUUACUAGCAAAUCAAUAUUGAUGCACGUAUUUUCUUCUUUUACAGCAUGAACAAAGUACGUUUUAUACCAUCAACUGUAGUCUGAGUUGUAGUUUAAAAACCUGCAUAAGCACUAAAAGCAGCAUUUUGUUUGCAACUUCCAUGCCAGGAAAGUCACAGCAUUAAAGGAAUUUCCUGUGUUGGAGUUUUUCCCACAAAGGUCUACUGUCUUUUCCCCAACAAUUGUGAAUUUAGCACAAUGUACAGAAUUUUAGCAAGAUCCCCACUUCCUAAACACGUGGCCAGAAGGAUGAGGAGAGGACGUGUUUCUUGUUGAUCAAGCACAACCAUUUCAGUGAGAAAAUGCACUACAGCUGGUCGGACCAUUGAUCUCGAGUUGCUGGGGUAGUGCUGGGAAGGGUAUAGGUGUGAGCAAAUCGCCAAACUGUGAAUCAUUGACUAUCAGAAGCAUUUGGCUUGUCUGUGUUUUUUUUAAGUUCCUGUUGUCAAGUGUGGUACAGUGGGGUUGAGAAAGGAAUGUAUUUUGGAUGACCAGGAUGAUGAAUGUAUGAUGCUUCAUGUUUAUUUGUAAUGUCCUUUUUAUACCUAGAAAUUGCUUAUGUAUGUAUCUGUAUGUAAAUAAAUGUUUAAUCCUU